GCACAACGUGACGUGGACAAGAGGAUAAACAAAAAAGGAAGGAAGCCUUCGGCCAUACAAUCGCGGCAAAAUCGGUUCAAAAAUUUAGCUCCUGAGCUACAGUUAGCCACUACAUGAGCCCUUUUGUUGUCUAGACGGGCAACAUUUGGUGUUCGCCAUCAUGGACGAUGCAAUAACAUUCCGCAUGAGUGCGUUUUCCGAGCAAGGAGGGAGGAAAUACAUGGAGGAUGUUGUCGAGAUAAGAAUCGAGUACGAGCCGACGCCGUCGCGGAGUGAAGAAUACACAAAGUCGCACCGACAUGGAGAGCAGGACAACGCGGAGAGCGACUGCUCCAAACAGACCGAGAGCGCGCUCUCUAAUGUGGCCGCCGAGCCUGGCCCGGUUUCGGCUAUGUGGGUCGAGAGCCUCGCGGGCGAGGACGCCGGCGACCACAGCGCGCCAUCAGACGGCAAAGUCGAGGGGGAGCGCGUCGUCGACACUCGGAGAUCCGUGGCGUUUUUCGCCGUGUUUGACGGCCACGGCGGCCGGGAGGCUGCCCACUUCGCCAGGGAACAUUUGUGGGAUUUGCUAAAAAGGCAGAGGGGCUUUUGGUCCAAGGAUCACGCUGAGGUCUGUGCCGCUCUUCGGAAAGGAUUCAUCGCCUGUCACCACGCAAUGUGGAAACAGCUACCGGAGUGGCCUAAAACCAUCACAGGCCUGCCCAGCACGUCGGGCACGACAGCGAGUGUGAUUGUGAUCCGUGGCGUACACAUGUAUGUGGCCCACGUGGGAGAUUCGGCAGUGGUGGUUGGAGUGAAAGAAAAUGAUUCGGACAUCACACUCCAGGCGCUUGAAGUCACUCAAGACCACAAACCUGAACUUCCUAAAGAGAAGGAGAGGAUCGAGCGACUGGGCGGCAGCGUGAUGAAGAAAUCCGGGGUGAACCGUGUGGUGUGGAAAAGACCUCGACUGACCCACAAUGGACCCGUGAGGAGGAGUACAGUCAUUGACCAGAUCCCCUUCUUGGCGGUGGCGCGAUCUCUUGGCGACUUGUGGAGCUACGACUUCUACAGCGGGGAGUUUGUGGUGUCACCAGAGCCCGACACCACCGUGAUGACACUCGACCCCAAGCGCCAUCGCUACAUCAUCCUUGGCAGUGACGGCCUAUGGAACAUGAUGCCGCCUAAGAAUGCGGUCAAUAUGUGUUACAACCAUGACAAAAUGGUGGGACCAAAGGGGAUGUCUUGUGCCUGCCGGUUGGGGUGCACGGCGCUGCUUUUUUGGAAAGAGCGCAUGCUUCGCGCAGACAACACGACGGUCAUCGUCCUGGCGCUGCAGGAGCGUGGCGGUCCGAGCAUCCCCAUGCAUCGAGAUGAGAUUAUGGUGGACAUGGCUCAGGGAAUCGACCACAUUCCCUUCCCGGGCACCCAGUACAACAUAUAUGAGGUCCCAAAGGUGGAACGUGAGGAUGGCAUGUUUCAUGAAGAAGAUGAGAUCUAUGGAGAAGAACAUGAAGGUUGGGCAUGCCUGGAGUGGUAGUCAGAACGAAGCUGAGAAUGCCUCCUCUCUGCUCCCAUCAAGCUCUACCACUCUGGAGCAGGCAUUCCGGCCGGACGGGAUACGGCUUUCUGGGCCACCGUGCAGUUAUUACCCAAUGUUGACUCUACAGGGGCGACAAACCCCAACCCGACCCCCUACGGACCACUGAAUGUGUCCCAGAAGCACCUCUCAACAACCCAAGUGGACCCGGCUGCUGUGGCGUGGCCUCCUCUGGUGGGGAGGUGUCCACGCGAGGACCAGGGUGGAUGGGCUCCUCGGAGGACAAGUGGGGUCACAUGCUCUUCCUUCGUGUAUGGACUAGAUUUUUAUCCUCCUGUAAAUACGUGGUCAACUUUCAGAUUGGAGAUGUGCUUUGCUUUUAUAUUUUUCUCAUUUUACUAUACCCCCCAGCCCCUCCUUAAAUUCUGGUGUAGAUUUGUUGAGCGUACGCAGUCUAUUUUCAUACUUCGACAUGACUAGGAUGAGGAUAGUAUAUGAGAAACUACAAGUCUUACCAGUUCCUUUGGAUGUCUUCGUGGCUUUAGAUUCCAUCUGGGAAUGGAAUGAAGGCUGCUUUUAUUCCUCCUGGUUUCCUCAUCCCUAAGAUGGGCGUCCAUGUUGGUGUGAUGGGAUUCACCCACGAUGCCAGAACCACCAGUCUUGGCUCCAGUGAACCGAGACUUGCUUAGCCCGUUCAGCCUCAGCGUCUUUCCACGAGUCGGGCCUGAGGCCAGGGGUGUCCAAACUUGGGGGGAGGGCCAUGUACUGAAAAAUGAAAGGCCACGUUCAUAUUUGUAUUUUAUAGAGGUUUUAUUUUAUAGAUGUUAUUUAUAGAUAUUCCAAGAGCAAACAGCAUCAGCUUUGUGAUGGAAAUGAAAAAGCUUCUUUUUUAAUGUUUCCCCUAAAUAUUUCAACUUUCUUCGUCCAUAAACUUUUUGUAAUUUAUGAUUUUACUUCCAUAAUUUGCUGUUACAACCCCCCCCCCCCACCUAUUUUUUUGUUUUUUCUCACAGUAGUUCAAAUUUUUAAAACAAUCGUUUUUUCUUUCAUCAUUUUAGUAGCACGCCCAGUCCAGGGUGGACCCCGCCUCUCCCCAAAACCAGCUGUGAUAGGCUCCAGCAUACCCCCACCCCAGUGAGGGUAAGCAGCAUGGAAAAGGGACGGAUGGAUUUUAGUAGCAGAGUUGAAAUAUUCAUUUUUUCCUCUGAAAUUAUGAUUUAAUUCUCUUAAAAUGUAACGUUUUUCUCCUUAGACUACGACUUCUUGUCUCUUCAUAUCGCUUUCGUAUUUUUUUUCCAUUUCAACUUCAUGUAAUUUUUUUCUCAUAAUGUUGGCGUUAUUUUCAUAAUAUUUGGACUUUAGUCUCAACAAUAUAACUUUGUCCGCAACAUGAUUUAUUUCUCAUCAUAGUUUGACUCCAACUAGCACAUUAUACAACCGUAAUACGUUUCUUUGUGUAAUAUUUCAAUUCAACGCUACUAAAAUGAUGUUACAACUUUUCUGCAAUCUGCUGCUAAUGGCACCUGGGCCACACAUUGGACACCCCUGCCUUAGAGGGCCAAGUCAGUACGAAGCAAAGACCAUUGGAAUAUGAAUGGGAUAUUUGCAGCUCCAAUUGGACUCAUUGUGUGUUCUGCCACAAACGUCAUCAUUUCAUUGGGAUGAUGGCGGUGGACGUGCAUGGGGACGGAAAAGGAAGCGGUAGCAUUCAUUUAAGAGUCUCUACGAUGAAUGUGACAAACCUCAAGGCAGCAGCUCGGGUCUCUGGGCAGACAUGCCAUCCAUGUCAUCCAUGUAUGUUAGCAGCAGACAUGACGGAUCCCAAUCAUGCUUGGAACAGCACAACUGGAAUCCCCCAAAGAUGUGCCGCACACGCACAUAUGUCGUCAUGAUAAGCUAAUUCAGCUAUCAACUCUAUGGUCACCUGGCCUCCUUGUUGCCGUUUGUGUGUGUAAAACUGUCCAUACAAGUGUUGGUACUCGCUAGGUAUGCGUGUCCAAUCCUUGCAUCCGUUACGGCUCCUUGAUGUGGCAGCUGCAUUACUGUUGUUGCUUUGGUUGCCUUUUUGUUACAUGAAUUGUUGCCUUAGCACAAACAUGUUGGUGCUUUUUCAUAGGAAGGACCCGAAUAUUUAAGAAGCUACCCCCCCCCAGUAUAUCCACCUCUAUUUAUCACCGUGCACCUUCACCUACAGCCACACUGACCUCCUGUCCCAUGUGGUCUCCCUACUACACUUGCAUUUGUGUUGGUUUUGUACAGUACAUCAUUAUGCAAGAGACGUUUGUACAGUACAUUAUUAUGCAAAGUACGUCUGGCGCAUGCUCAGAUCUACUGUGUGUUGUGACGUGUCCAGAGCUAAUGGAUGUCCACGGGCAUGUGCUGUGUCUUGACAAGUACAAUACUUUUGUUUCCCCUCUCAGCCACUUCUCAGGACUAACUGUAUAAGGAAAAUACUUCGAAAGUGACUGGAUAUACACUGUCUGUGUUGUAAUAAACUUGCCAUUUUACAAUUGGCGCUGGUGGGCGACCAACGUUAGGCAGAGCACCUGCAGUGAUGCCGAGCUCCACUAGAUGGCGGUCAUGCUCACGGAAUCAACCGAAGCGGCUGUUCGCUACAAUGAUGGCAUAAACCUCCCUGAAAUAUUGAUAUCGGCUUAUCAUCCGGGGCCUACUGCACAAAACUGGGAGAGGGGAUUGAGCCUGGAUAUCUUGGUUAUCCUAGCUCAAUUUAUCUGUGAUUCGGUUGCACGAAAGUGGGCUAGUGGAAUAUACUGUGACAUUAGUUGCCAUGGAGAUUUAUUCUGUGGCGUUAGCCUCAUCCAGACCGUGGUCUAUUUCAUCUCAUCCCUUAAGUCAAUCACUCGUCACCGUAAAUAGAAAUCAAUCAUUACUCCACAGUCCUCUAUACUUUGUUUUCACGUUCA